AAAAGAGUCAUCAGCACUGGUGAGACUGUAUUCACUUGGUACACAAGUAACGUUACUAGUAUUUGCCAACAAUGUGAACGUGAAGGUCGGCGUUGUGGCUUUAGCUCUCAAAGGAAUCAAGCAUUCUGCCAGCAUCAUAUGUUAACAGGGUAGAAACCAGAACAUAUCCAUCUUACACAACGUUGGUACGAAAGUUGUGCACAUGCAUAUUUCCAGCGAUGCUCUGUAAGAUUAUUGAAUCAGGUCCGCGUGUCACAAUCAUUGCAGCAACAUCAUCUGUGGGCACAUUUAUAGUUCUUUCAUUAAUUGUGGCCACUGCACUCUACAUCUCCUUGAAGUCAAGGUACAAUGAAGAGAUACAUUUGAAAGUCGAAAUGUUUCUGAAGACAUAUGGCACAUCAAAACCCACAAGGUACACAUUCUCCGAAGUUAAGAAGAUAGCGAGGCGAUUCAAGGACAAAUUGGGCCAUGGUGCAUUUGGAACUGUAUAUAAAGGUGAGCUACCGAAUGGAGUUCCUGUGGCUGUUAAGAUGCUAGAAAACUCUGUAGGAGAGGGACAAGAGUUCAUCAAUGAAGUCGCAACCAUUGGGCGAAUUCAUCAUGCAAACAUUGUCCGCCUCCUAGGCUUUUGCUCUGAAGGAACACGACGGGCUUUAAUAUAUGAACUCAUGCCCAAUGAAUCAUUGGAGAAAUAUAUAUUCCCACAUGGUUCUAAUAUUUCAAGAGAACUCCUAGUACCAGACAAAAUGCUAGAUAUUGCAUUAGGCAUAGCCCGAGGAAUGGAGUACCUGCACCAAGGGUGCAAUCAGCGCAUUCUCCAUUUUGACAUCAAGCCUCACAACAUACUGUUGGACUACAGCUUCAAUCCAAAGAUUUCAGACUUUGGGCUUGCCAAGCUAUGUGCAAGAGAUCAAAGCAUUGUCACAUUGACUGCAGCAAGAGGCACAAUGGGCUAUAUUGCACCAGAACUAUAUUCUCGGAAUUUUGGAGCAAUUUCAUAUAAGUCGGAUGUCUACAGCUUUGGCAUGCUGGUGUUAGAAAUGGUGAGUGGGAGGAGGAACACAGACCCAACCGUCGAGAGCCAAAAUGAGUUCUACUUUCCUGAGUGGAUAUAUGAGAGAGUUAUCAAUGGGCAGGACCUGGUGCUUACCAUGGAGACAACACAAGGAGAGAAAGAAAUGGUGAGACAGCUAGCAAUUGUAGCCCUAUGGUGCAUUCAGUGGAACCCAAAAGACCGGCCCUCAAUGACAAAGGUGGUAAACAUGUUGACGGGGAGGUUGCAGAAUCUGCAGGUGCCCCCUAAGCCCUUUAUAUCGUCUCAAAAUCAACUUGUGAUUUAGAUCAUGAGACCGCAUCGCCAUGGUUUGGACUUUGGAGACCAGCAAAGCAAUGGAGCUUGGCCAGCAUUUCCUAUAAAAUGGCAUCACCAUGGUUUUGUGCCUGAGUGACAGAUAAUCCACAUAUCAUAAAAUAGUUCUUAGUGAGCUGAAGCAUGCACAUAUAGUGUUUAAUUAUUAAACUAAACUGCGCAACCAGGUAUAUGAUAUAUCACCAUGUACUCAUGUAAUUCUGAUAUCCAGCAAACAUAUGCCAAUGGAUUUUAUUUGCAAUAUAAUAAUAGUUGAUGACAACUAAAUUACCUUAUUC